UGUCAAAACACGUAAUGUGUCAAAAGACAAAAUUGAAAAUGUAUUGAAAUUUAUCGCGGAUUUAAUACGCUCGGAAAGCAUGUUACUUGUGUUAUAGUUUAAUAUAUAGUUCCUAGGAAAAUAAAAUCAAAAUGUUAAUCGAUUCAGCGUAUGUGUGUUUAAUUUACUUUUUUUCUUCAAUACUAUUAGUACUCGCUGGACGGGAUUACUAUAAAAUCCUCGGUGUGUCACGAUCAGCUAGCACAAAUGAAAUCAAGAAAGCUUACAGAAAAUUAGCAAAAGAAUUGCAUCCAGAUAAAAAUCAAGGUGAUCCCGAUGCAUCUCAAAAGUUUCAAGACCUGGGAGCGGCGUACGAAGCAUUGGCGGACCAGGAGAAGAGGGAACUUUACGACAGGUGCGGCGAAGAAUGUUUGGAAAAGGGAGGCAUGAUGAACAAUAACGACCCUUUUGCUAGCUUCUUCGGUGACUUUGGCUUCCAAUUCGGCGGCGAGCCUCAACACCACGAGACUCCGCGCGGGGCGGAUAUCGUAAUGGACGUCAUCGUCUCCUUAGAAGAAUUAUACAAUGGAAACUUCAUUGAAAUAACACGGAACAAGCCAGUCAUCAAGCCAGCGCCCGGCACUCGCAAGUGUAAUUGCAGACAAGAGAUGGUGACGAGGAACCUUGGCCCGGGACGCUUCCAGAUGAUGCAGCAGACUGUGUGUGACGAGUGUCCUAAUGUAAAACUAGUCAAUGAAGAAAGGCUGCUAGAGAUAGAGGUUGAGGUUGGUGCUCCAGACAACCACAAAUUUAGAUUAAGAGGUGAAGGUGAACCUCACAUGGAUGGAGAACCUGGCGACUUGGUGUUUGUGUUCAAAACAGAAAGACAUCCACAGUAUACACGAAGAGGAGAUGAUUUGUACACAAAUGUCACAAUAUCUUUACAGGAUGCAUUGACUGGGUUCACCCUCGACUUGGUGCACCUGGAUGGACACAAAGUGUCGGUGUCUCGCGACAAGGUGACGUGGGCGGGCGCCAGGGUCCGCAAGAAGGGCGAGGGCAUGCCCAACUUUGAGAACAACAAUCUGCAUGGAAACCUCUAUGUCACUUUUGACAUUGAAUUCCCCAAGAAAGACUUCAGUGAUGACGAGAAACAAGAACUGAAGAAAAUAUUACAACAGUCACCAAAUAACAAAAUAUACAAUGGACUAUAAUACAGAGACAGUCCAGACUGCCAGUUUAUUUAUUUAAGUAGUGAAAUGAAUGUGUUACAGUGCUGUGUGAACUGUGUGUGUGAUUAAAUUUGUAAUUUGACAAUUGUUUGAUGAAUUGUAAUUGAUUUGUUUGAGGUGAAUCAACGCAACACGUAAAUGCACACCAUGUAUGUUAUAAUGAUUGUUUUGUUAUUGUAUGUUAUAUUGAAAUAAAACAUUUUUUAUAUUCAAACAAUAAUAUAAUUUCAAAUAAUUCUGUGAUCUUAUAAUAAAGAAACAGCCUUUCAAUUACAAUUUACAAGUAAAAUAA